CGCUUCUAACAAGCGCAGGGAUUGGCUGCUGGAGGUCCGCUGGCAAAAGGCGGCAGCAGGCAAACGGAAAAAAGAGCAGCAGCAAGAAGCCGAGCGCGUCGCGGAGCCGCCAUACCUUUGUGAUGGAAACAGCACUGAAGGCUCAUCAGAAUGAGCAGCACCCUCAGCAUGCUGAAGACUUUCAAAAGAAACAUGAACAGAAUAGUAAACUCUCAGGAGUAAAAAAGGAUAUUGAAAAACUUUAUGAAGUAGUGCCACAGCUUGUAAAUGUUUUCAAAAUUAAGGAGAAAAUUGGAGAAGGUACUUUUAGUUCUGUUUACUUGGCCACAGCACAGCUGAAAGCAGGAUAUGAGGAGAAAAUGGCUUUGAAACAUUUGAUUCCAACUAGUCAUCCUCUACGAAUUGCUGCUGAACUUCAAUGCCUUACAAUAGCCGGGGGACAGGAUAAUGUCAUGGGAGUUAAAUAUUGUUUUAGAAAAAAUGAUCAUGUGGUUAUUAUUAUGCCAUAUCUGGAACAUGAAUCCUUUUUGGACAUUUUGAACACACUGUCUUUUGAAGAAGUACGAGAAUAUAUGUUUAAUCUGUUUAAAGCAUUGAGGCGUAUUCAUCACUUUGGUAUUGUUCACCGUGACGUCAAGCCCAGUAACUUCCUUUACAACAGGCGGCUGAAAGAGUAUGCCCUGGUAGAUUUUGGUUUGGCACAAGGAACCCCUGAGACAAAAAUAGAGCUCCUCAAAACUAUCCAGUCUGAAGGCCAGCAGGGAAGUUGCUCACAAAAUACGCCCCAUAUAAACAUAGGAAGUGGGGUUUCUAUCAAUAUCACAUCACCUAAACAGAUAGCUCAACAGUCAGCCUCAAAAUCAUCAGAUAAAAGAUCCGGCUCACUUUCACAAAUACAGCUUAAACAAGGAAGAGAAGGAAAGGAAGGGUCUGUGCACCAUUCUAUCCAGCGUUCUGUUUUUGGAGAGAGAAAUUUCAAUAUUAAUAGCUCCACACACCAGGAGAGCCCCACAGUGAAACUCAUGAAGCAACCAAAGGUGAUAGAUGUUGCAUCUAGAAAAUUAGCAGCAAAGAAGAAGCUCAUUUCUACAAAAACAGCGAACAACGGUUUAGCCAGGAAAGGUGCCAGCAGUUGCCCAUCUAACCUAAACUGUGACUGUUUUGCAACAGACAGAGUUUGCAGUAUUUGCCUUUCAAGGCGUCAGCAAGUUGCCCCUAGGGCAGGUACACCUGGAUUCAGAGCACCAGAAGUAUUAACUAAGUGCCCCACUCAAACAACAGCAAUUGACAUGUGGUCAGCAGGAAUCAUAUUCCUUUCUUUGCUCAGUGGACGGUAUCCAUUUUACAAAGCAAGUGAUGAUUUAACUGCCUUGGCACAAAUUAUGACAAUUCGUGGAUCCAGAGAAACCAUUCAGGCUGCUAAAACGUUUGGUAAAUCAAUACUGUGUACCAAGGAAGUCCCAGCACAAGAUUUAAGAAUCCUCUGUGAAAGGUUGAGAGGAACAAAUAAAUCAACAGGUGAUAUGCACACCAACCCUUCCUGUGAACUUGCUUUGCCAGUUGAGACAGAUAAAGCGGAGUUUGGUUCCCAGACAUUCAGAAAAGAAAUCCACCAUCUGAAAGACAGCCAUUGUGAAAAUGGUGGUGGUAUAGACAUAAAGAUUAGAGAGAAACUAAUGCACACAAAAGGCUGGGACAGAGUUCCUGAUGAGGCUUACGACCUGCUUGAUAAACUACUAGAUCUGAACCCCGCUACAAGAAUAACUGCAAAAGAGGCUCUGAUGCAUCCUUUUUUUAAGGACAUGAGACUGUGAGAGUAUACCCAGUUCUCUUAUUGCCUUGAUAGAUAUUUGCUUUAUAUGAAAAUAUACAGUUGUACAGUAGUAAUUUAAUUUUACAUUCCAUCUUUAACACCUACAAAUCUUUCAAUGAAAUAUAGGUGCUGACAGAUGCUCACUCUUCAGUUUUGAGUUUCUGACACAUACUGAUCACUUUACUUGUGCUAUAAAAACUGCCAGAGAUUUACAAAAGAAAGUUUGGCAGCAUGGGCGGGUAGCGUUGGAUUUGGAACUAUUCUCCUCCUAACCCUCUGUUGGUUGUUACUAGUUAAGUAAGUUUGCUAACCUCUAGCUUCAUGAGUGAAUUACAGUUGGAGUCAAAGUCUGGUAGAAAAGUGUCACAGUACAAAAAAAAAAAAGAAACUGCUGGCAGUCCCAGAUGCCAAGGAUUGAAUAAGCAUUAUAAUCAACACACUUUAACCCCCUCCAUUGCUGAAGCGCGUUGGUGAAGUAAGUGUAGGAAAAGCUGCAUUGCUUGAGGGGGGUGGAGGGAGCAGGCAAAUACUAUGUUUAUGUUAAAAUUCCUGGUAAUUUUUAAAACUAAUGUGAUGGCAACAAGAGGAAUUAUUAAAUGACUCUAGUUAACACAUGCUGGUUACUAUUCUGUCCAUACACAAGCAUCCCUGUUCUGUUCAUUUGAGUCUAUUCACUUCUGAGCCUGUUCUUUUCACACUGGAGAUCCUAGUUAGAUUAUCACUGGUCAUAGUAGUCUCUUCAAAACUUCCUUAGAGAAGACGUUUGCUUUGUAUAAAUCAAGGAUCAGGUAUUGUUUGGUUAGUAGACCCCCAGAAAGGCAUGUAUUCAAAGAAAUGUGUACUCUCUUCCUGCCAUCUGUUUGGGCAGUGGUGAAUACUGCAGUUGCCUGCUAUGUACAACCUGUAUUUUUCUCAAGUGAAGCAACAGAAGUAACUACCAGUGUGAAUCAGCUACCUCCUUGCUGAUUCUGUCAUGUGCCAUAUAGUUGCUGAAACACAACUGCUAUGAAAAAUUAUAUUUUCAUUAAAUAAAGGUUUUGUUUUUAUUAUUAUUU